AUCGGAAGCACAUGAUGUGUUCUUUAUGAAUAGAGUCUAUUAAAUAAACGAUUUUCAAGUUGAUUCAACAACACACAUGCAAUGCACCAGUGACAGUGGUGCAGAACCAAAUGUUCAUCAUGUGUAGGUGCAGAGUGCCAUAGAUUUCAUGAAAAUAAUUCAACCUGAAGCCAGCAUUUGCAAGCAGGAGGCAUGUCUGACAAGGCGGCUGACAGCAGGACGGGAGGAGGUGGAGGUGGUGGCGGCGGCGGCGGCGGCAGCGGUGGCGGCGGUGGGGACAUAGAAGCAUCGUCCAAGGCUGUGGAAGCUCACCCUACAACAACGAAGACAUGGCAGACGGUCAACAAACGUUUGUUACCUGUGAAAGGAUAUUAUUUUUUCUUUUUAGCAGCUGUGGGGGACCUCCUACCCUUCAUCUCCAUCUACAUGAAACAGCUCGGCCUGUCCUCGGGCGAAACAGGCAUCAUCUACGGAGUAAUGCCUUUCAUCGCCUUCUUCAUCCGACCACUGAUCGGAGCAAUGGCCGACCGCCUGAGGAGACACACCCUGGUGUUGAUGGCCUUCACCAUCCUGACAGGGAUUCUGUACAUGCUGCUGCUGAUUGUUCCGGCCAAGCCUCACUACGAAGAUGCUGUUCCCAUCAGGUUCAACAUCCACUGCAACAUCAUGGACUCCUUCAUCAAAGACUGCCAAGAGUACAGGGACAACAAGAACGAAUGCAGGCUAACGUUGUCUGAAUACGCAAAUUUGACGUCAGUGGAAAAUGAAUCUUACAACACGUCUCUUGGGGCAGAUGGUUCAUUGGGGUAUCGGAUUCUUAACAGUGGAAACACACAUAGAGCUUCCGAUGACAUCACAUGCCGUGCCAAAUGUGGGUUCUCAAUGCCAGGAGCGUAUGGAUCGAAAGUUUGUUUUUCACGAGACGUUUCUUCUUACCAGGGGAGGAAGUGUGUUCCCUUGUGGGUUAGCUCAACAUCCAAUUCUUAUCUUGAAUUCAAUUUGCUCAAUGUGUCUGAUGUGAUGAAGCAUGAGAUGCGUCAAGACAGACUCGCAGCCCCUUCACUGCAUUGCCGUGACUACGACUUGAAAUGGAUGCGGUACAACGGCAAAACCUUCUACCAGAUCACAUGUGACAAGGAAAGUGUUCUACACUGCAAUGCGCUCUGUGACAGGAAUCUUGCCAAUAGGUGCUCAGUCAAGAAAGUAAAAGAUUCGUUUGGAGUGACAUUCUGGGUAUUUUUUGUUAUCUAUUUACUCGGAAACAUAGCCUUUGCGCCGACAUUCAGCCUUAUUGAUGCCAUUGUUUAUGACACUCUGGGAAAAGAGAGACAUCAGUGGGGAUUUCAGCGCCUUUUUGGAACAAUCGGUUUUGCGAUUUUUGCGAUUACAUCUACAUUCAUAAUGGACACUGUAAAGACCCACAAAGAAGAAGUGGACUUCUCAUGGUCCUUUUACCUGUUUGGUAUCCUCUGUUUCAUAGCAGCAGUUGAUGCCAAGUUUCUUAUAGCCACACCUGAUCUGUCCACGGGCAAGUUUCUCCAAAACAUCUGCAAACUCUUUACCUACUUCCACAUCUCGGUGUUCCUGUUCGUAGCCAUGUUUUUUGGGAUGUUGACAGGAGCCAUUGAAGGAUUCCUGUUCUGGUACCUCAAAGAUCUUGGCAGCACCCAGAUCACCCUCGGGUUAUGUUUAGUUUUGAACUGCGUGUUUGAAGUAUUCUGUCUCUUUAUAUCAGGCUUCGUCAUCAAGAAGAUAGGUCAUAUUCCGUGUCUCUACUUGGCGUGCUUGGCGUAUGCAGCUCGCUUCCUCGCCUAUUCUUUUCUCCAACAGCCUUGGUACGUUAUGUUGGUGGAGCCCAUCCAUGGCAUCACUUUCGGCAUCAUGUGGUCAGCGGUGUCAUCCUACGCUAGCAUCAUCGCGCCGCCGGGCAUGCAAGCAACAGUGCAGGGUCUUGUAGGAGGACUCCAUUUUGGAUUUGGUAAAGGUAUCGGAAGUCUAAUCACCGGCUACCUCUUCGAGAUUAUCGGGGAGAGAUGGACAUUCCGGACACUGUCCAUAUCAGCAGUGGUAAUUUUAGUUGUAUACUGUCUGCUGAACAAGUUUGUUUUGGAAUAUCCGUCAGUGAAAGAUACCAGAGACGACACGACUGCAGAGGCUGAAGAAACAACAGAAGAUGGCCUCAGUGCUGCUCAGGAUCACCUGCUUAGUUCCGAUCUGUCAGCCAAUCAGGAAGAGUUUCCAUCUGAACCGGCCAAUGACAAGAAAGUGCAUGACCUCUAGAUAUGUUUGAAAAAGCAUUCAGGGAAAGAGUCAGUGGUCCAAUAAGGAACCUUUUGUGAAAAGGAAGAAAUUAAGAAGUUUCUAUAACAGACAACUCUGCCAUGACCAAACACAUGACACUAGGGCCUGGACCAAUAUUGACAACACUACUGGUAAUUUUAUCUAAAGUAUUUGUUCUAUAGUUUUUACAUACUAUUUUUUCGUCUUUAUCCAGAGUAGUCGCAUCAGGUGACCUUCCUAAUGAGCCUUUUAAAUGCUUGGUGUGAGUGAGCAAGCAUUCAUAGCAGCAUGUCUGAUUUCUGCACCUGGAAACCAAUCAUAAACCACCAGUUCUGAAUGCAAAAAAAUAACGAUGAUGCUAUUAUUUUUGGGUGGAUAUUUUAUACACCCUGAGCACAUCUACUCUCAAAUGGAUAGGUUACUAAGCGUAUAUUUAUGUUCUGUGUUACAUCAGAAUUUUUGAAAGAAUUGAAAAAGUUGAAUUGUUUCAGAAAUCUGACAUCUGAUUGGCCCAAGAGCUCACACAUCCUUUGGUUUGGAUGGUCAAAGUGUACUCGGGUUCAUUUUAGUCCUCAUAAUGAUAACAUAUAGCAAAACCCUUAAAAAUGGCAAAUUUCUUCUAGUCCUUAGUUUACCUUAACUAUUGGGUGGUUUAACAAGGACUACAAGACUACUGCUUUUUUAUUAAUGCUGCAGGCGGCCACGGGUGGCCCAGUCGUCUAAGGCGCCGUGAUUCGCUGUGCAGAGUUGCGUCCCUUGGGCACACCAGAAACCUAUGAUUGUGGGUUCGCCCAGAUUAUGUUUCUAGG